ACAACACUCGCACCCGUUCCUUUCCUCCACUCCGUAUUUUAUUUAUAAACCUUGCAAUACCAAUCAAAUCGUCACCGGACCCCGUUGCUUCCUUCAGCAUCGGGAUUAGGGUUGAAGUUCCCUCUUUUCCCGUCCCGACCACGAUGCCCACCGACGACCAGCUGUCGCGGCUCAUCCACGAGCUCUGCUCCCUCCUCGCUGGCCUCAUGCAGGCGCCCCAGCCUGCACUGCCGCCCGCCGACGCGCCCCCGGCGCUGAUGCGGCGCCCGCCGCAACGGAUGUCGCCCGCGGGCUUCGCCUCGCUCCUCCUCGGCGCCUCGCUCGCGCUUAUGCUCUGCGGCUCCGUCACUUUCGUCAUCGGGUUCAUGCUGAUGCCCUGGGUGAUCGGGCUCGUCAUGGUCUUCUACUUCGCUGGGAUGUUGUCGAAUUUGUCCGGGAUGGGGAGGGCCGUCUUUUGCCCCUCCAGCCCCAAGGAGAUGUCAGGAUACAGACAUAAAACAAAGAGAGUUCAAGUGUACUUGGCAAUGAAUGAAGUCUCGGAUGCGCGACCUCUUAGCAAAGGAAGACCCGACAAUAAUGAUAAGGCCGAGACAUAAAGGAUAGGGAGGCAUCCGAGGGAUGCGAGACUGAUGGAGGAGGCUAGAAGGCUAGGUCUAAGUUAUGCAGGGUAAGGACGAGUGCAUGAGAGAUUGUACUCAGGAUAAAAUCCUAGGCUUAGGGUUUACUAUAGCAGUCACUGUAGCGGUCGACUGGUAUUUUCAUCAGUCGAUUGGUAGCGAACAGAAUGCCUCUGUUUGCUCAACCCAUUUGGAGCAGUCGAUUGGUAUCGAAUCAUUGGCCUAUAACAAUUGAAUUUCAUUUAGGACCAGUCGACUGGUAUUUUUACCAGUUGACUGGUGACGGGAAAACAACUUGAUAUUUUCUUAUCGAGCUUUAUUUAAUAGAACUUGGGGUGCUUGGGCAUGGUUGACGAAAUAAAGGUGGUUAACCCCUAUUAGUAGUCUUCCUAGCUCUUGUGUGUGAUCCGUGUGUACGUGAUCAAGGUUGUGGCAAGGUUUUUCCACCCACAAAGAGAUCGUGCUAGCCGGAGGUUUUCCAGGGAUUGAUCUACCAACAGAUUGAGGUUUUGUCCACCUUACGGGCACGCCAUGGAGUAGAAGCAAGUUAUCUUCAAACCACGUAACCAAACGUGUUAAGGUUGAUUCGUUUUCUUCUUUCUUAGUGCUUAGGGUUUAGCUUUCUUAGUAUUAUUUUUGUAUUUCCACUGCAUACUAACGAGUAGGAAGUGACGUUUUGGGUGAGAUACUAUUCACCCCUCUCUAGCGGAUGUUAAGGUCCCAACAAGUAGUAUCAGAGCGGAUUGCUUUUCUACAGACUAAUUGUCGAGGGAGCAAAGCACUAGAGGAAGAUGGAGUCAGAAGGUCCGCUUGGAUGGGAUAUCCAGAUCUCACCUUCAUAUGACCGAGAAGACUUCGGGCAUUGGAGGUUGCGCUUGGAGACUUUGUUCCAAAUGGAUUGGGACCAUUGGAUGACAUUGGAGGAUCCAUUCGAAGCUCCGACGAACAUGAAAGGAAAACACCUCCGUCCUCGGUAUUGGACAAAGGAAGAAAGAGAGCAAUCAGAGGUGAAUAAGGAGGUAAUGAAAAUUCUAUUGAAUUUAUUGCCCCCUAACAUUUUGGUAAGUGUACGUAAUUCGAGAAUGCAAGUGACAUGUGGAAAAAGGUAAUUGCAUUUCAUGAAGAACUUACAAAACUCUAAGGAGUGGAGGAGCCCAAGGAGAAUGACUCAUUGAUCCAAGAGAAGAAGGACCAAUUGGUUGUUGACACGUGCUCAACAUCCGAGGAGGAGAAUAAAGAUGAGGAGGUAUCAUCCACAUCUUCAAGGGAGGAAGAAGUGGAAUUGUCCACAUCUUUAAGUGAAGAAGAGGAAGAGUAAUCCAAGGAAGAGAAAAUCUUGGAAGUUCAACCAUCCACCUCAACUAUCAAGAAGAGCACAAAGGAUCACAUCAAAUGCUUUGAGUGUGAUAAGAUGGGGUACAAGAGUAGGUGUCCUUCGCUCAAAAAGGUAAAGGAAGUAAUCCCUAAACCCGGUAAAGUUGUUUUAAGAACUAAUGUGGGUCGUAGGGAUGGAUUCAAAGAGAAGAAAUACAUUAGGUGUUUCACAUGUGGUGAGUGAGAACACUACCACGCGAAGUGCCUAAGGAGAGGAGAGCCCAAGAAAUUGAUGCACUUAAAAAAAAUGAAAAAAGAAGAGGAGAUCAAGUCAAGUAGGAGCUUCAAAGGUAAAAGAGAGCCCCCAUGGCGUAGCGCAGACGGUGGGUGCAUGGUAUCUCUGGCGUAAUGGCCAGGGGUCAAUUCUCAGGAACUGAUGACCUGGAGUUUACCCCGUCAUGCGCUUAUAACCUGUGUACAUGCAUGAACCUCCCUCCAUAUCCGUGGGGCCGACACUAGGGGGUCGCUAAGGUAGCGGAUCUACCUUUUUUUUCAAAGGUAAAAGAGAAGGUAAUUCCUAUUUUAAAGUUUAAUCCAAGUUCAAAUUCCUUCAUGCUUGUUAGGAAUAUUAAAAAUUAUACCUAAUAAGACUCAAACCACUUUGCCUAAGGGAAAGAAAGUGGGUGAAAACCUAAGCAUUAAU